AUGGCCCAGUCAUUCUUGAAACGAUACUUUGGCCUCGGCGGCUCUGCUGCUCCCGCUCCCAGCCCUGUCACUGAGAAGAGCGCCGUUCGUGCUCUUCCCGCUUCAUGGUACACCUCAGUCGAGAUGUACGAGCUUGAGAAGCGCGCCAUCUUCUCCAAGAAGUGGCUCCUCACCACUCACCAAGCCAGACUCCCCAACGCUGGUGACUGGCUCAAGUAUGAGAUGGCCAACUUCGAGUUUGUCAUUGCUCGCGACGAGGAUGGCAACAUCAACGCUUUCCACAACAUCACCCGCUUCGGUACCUUCCCCAUUGUCGCUCCUGAGCAGGGUGACCACGGUGAUGCCAGCACUGGCUUUGACCAGAAGCAGAAUGGUCUUCUUCCCAUCCACGUCAAGGUUGAUGCUCGUGGCUUCAUCUGGAUCAACAUGGACGGCGCCAAGACCCCCGAGGUCGCCUGGGAGGAUGACUUUGACAGCCUCGACACACACGAGCGCUUCUCUUACUACAACUUUGACGACUACCAAUUCGAUCACGUUUGGCAAAUGGAGGGCGACUACAACUGGAAGAUCCUUGCCGACAACUACAACGAGUGCUACCACUGCAAGGUCGCUCACCCUGAUAUCCCCACCAUCGCCGACCUCAACUCUUACUGGGUCGAGACACAGAAGUCUUACAUCCAGCACUUCGGUGCCCAGCGACAGGACCAGAUUGACCGUGGAUUCCGCAUCGCUGUCACAUAUUACCUUCCCAAUGCCUCCACCAACAUCUCUCCUCACUUCUUCAUGAUCCAGCGCUUUGUUCCUCUCAGCCCUUCGCGCUCCAUCAUGCGAUACGAGUUCUUCCGCAACAAGAACUCCAGCGACGAGGACUUCAACCUCAUCACUGAGCUCUACAAGCGUGUCAUGUCUGAGGACAAGUACCUCUGCGCCAACGCCCAGAAGAAUGUCAACGCUGGUGUCUUCAUCAACGGUGAGAUGCACCCCGAGAUGGAGCAGGGUCCUCUCUUCUUCCAGCAGAGCAUCCGAGAGCAGCUCCAGAACCACCACAAGAAGGAGCAAGAAGUCGGCCACGAGAUCUGGCCCGCCAAGCAGGAGGCUCCCCAGACUACCAUCAACACCAAGGCCACAAGCUCUGCCAACUACUCAUCGGGCAUUGACAUCCGGCCAGCGCACAAGGCCAUUGUUGUUUAGACAUGGGAAUAACUUACUGAUUUUGGAUUACAUGGGAGGAUUUACAAGAUAAAAGCGAGUUUUGCUCUUUUACACAAGAUUGCAUUGUUUAUUCAUGACAGAUUAUGACCCAGCAGAUGCUUAAUUAGCUAUACUAUUGCAUCCUGCAGCAUUUCUUAGAUAGAAAUCGAGAC